AUCAGUUGCAGCACUAUCCAGAACAGCGCGAGUCUCGCAGAUUUUAUUUUGAAACCGGAAGCCGACAGCAGUAUUAACAUUGUGUAACGUGACACUCAAACUGCCAUCAGAUAGCAGGUGAUCAUGGCGGACCUCGGCGUCAGACCGGGCGAUAAAGUGAUGCUGGUUUGGACUCAGCCUUCAGAUCCAGCAGCUUUGAAGAAACAUGCAGAAGAACUGGGAGCUGCUGUCGGAGCAGAUGGAAAAAUGUCGGUGGAGAACAUGGAGAGGCUGCUGAUGUCCUCUCAUGCAGCCUCCUCCUUCGACUGGGUUCUUUCCUGCCUGCUGGCCGACAGUUCGUCCGUCCACAGCUCAGAGACUCUGGCAGAGAUCGUCAGAGUCCUCAGACCUGGAGGGAAGCUGGUUCUGGAGGAGCCGGUUACAGGUACAGAAGCUCAGACUGUUAGAACCGCUGAGAAGCUGAUGUCGACUCUGAAGUUGUCCGGAUUCACGUCAGUGACAGAACUCCGUAAAACAGAACUCAGUCCAGAAGCCUUAAACUCCCUCCAGACCUCCACCGGUUACCAAGGAAACACUCUGACUAGAAUCCGCAUUUCAGCCUCCAAACCCGACUACGAGAUGGGAUCAUCCAGUCAGAUCAAACUGUCCUUCGGGAAGAAAGCAGCCAAGCCAGCAGAGAAACCUGCUCUGGAUCCAAACACAGUCAAAAUGUGGACGCUGUCGGCCAACGACAUAAACGACGACGACGUGGAUCUGUUAGAUUCUGACGCUCUGCUGGAUGAAGACGAUUUAAAGAAACCAGAUGCAGCUUCUCUGAAAGCUCCCAGCUGUGGAGAAGGAGCCGCUAAGAAGAAGAAAGCCUGCAAGAACUGCACGUGUGGUCUGGCAGAGGAGUUGGAUCAGGAGAGUAAAGCCAAACAGAAGACAAACCUGCCAAAAUCUGCCUGUGGAAGUUGUUACCUUGGCGACGCCUUCCGAUGCGCCAGCUGCCCGUACCUGGGGAUGCCGGCCUUCAAACCCGGAGAGAAGAUCCUUCUGGACAACAAGACGCUGACGGACGCUUGAAAGCAUCGAAUAUUAAACCUCUGCUGCUCCACAUCAUUCCUUCAUCUCAUCCUCCUGAAGAUUAAAGCCGUGAUUUCAGAGCGAACGUGGUCGAGAUGUUCGGAGGUCGGUGAGAAAACGACGACUUGUUGCCCAGAAAUUCACCAGAAUCACCGUCAGAUGCAGUUUAAUUUGAGUUUGAGGAAGAUUUAAAUGAAAAUGUUCCACUUUUACUCCUGCUGCUGAUAAUUUACACAUUAUGAUGAGAUUUUAAAGGAUAAUUCAGCUGCUUUUAAACCCAAACCCGAAUUUUCCAACCUUUUUUGGCUCUAAAUGAUUUUUAAAAAAGUAAAAAAUGUUUGGAUUUGAUCGAAUAUUGAGCAAAAACACAGCAAUAAUUCUUGUUUUCAUCCAGUCAUGCCAACAGAAUAAUCUUUAGAGCUGCAAAGUAAUGAUUGUUUUCAGUGUUACUGUUAAUUAUGAUGUGAUAAUUUAAAAAUAAUUCAGUUAUUUAUAAGCCUGAGCCAUAAUUUUCAGUCUUUCUGGCUCUAAAUUAUUUUAAAAAAUGUUAGUAUUUGGUCCAAUAUUGAACAAGAAUCUUGCUGUAAUUGUUGUUUCUGUCGAUGACAGCAAAAACAACUUUUAGGGCGACAACUAAUGAUUUUUUUUCAGUGCUGAUUGAUUUCUUGAUUAAUUCAUUAGUUGUUUGGUCUAUAAAAAGUACAAAAAUGCAAAAAAUAUUCAGUUUACUGUCAUAAUGGAGGAAAAAAAUCACAUUUUUGAAGGUGAAAUCUCAGAAAUGAAGACUUUUUAGCGAAGAAUUACUCAAAAUUGUUAUGAUCAAGUAUAAUACAUUAAUCAUUGCAGCUCUAUUAAUUGGUCGCAUUUAAAGUCAAAUUUUACAGCUUAAACCAACUGAUACAGGAUUGUGUUUGCAGAUUUAAUUUUAUUUGCACUAAAUUCAGUAAAUCAUAAGAAUAAAGUUUAAAUAAAAUGAAAUUCAAGAAUCUGUCAUUCAUAAAAGUGGUUAAAUUCUUUAAGACGCUGAAAUCAGAGAAUUUAGACUUUAAUAAAAAAAAUACCUGUGAUUAAUUCAAUAAUUGUCAAUUCAUCUAUUAAAUCAUUGCAGCUCUGUUUAUUAGUAGCAUUUAAAGAUAAAGUUUGUGGCUUAAACUGACUCUGCAGGAUUAUCUCUGGCAGAUUUAAUUUAAUAAUUCACAAAAGUAAAAUGUGUUUAAAGAAAUGUUUGUGAAACCUAACAUCUCUCAUUUACUGCAAUGAAUUAAUUAACAUAGGAAUGAAGUGAAAACAUGCUUCAGGAAACGGUCACAGAAAUCUGAAAUCUCUCAUUUAAUCAUCUAAAAUCAGAGAAUUUACACUUUUUUCUUACAGAAUUACUUAAAUUUGUUCUCAAAAUAGUCGUGAUUAAUUCAAUAAUUGUCAAUUUAGUUAUUGCAGCUCUAUUUAAAGGCAAAGUUUAUCGAUUAAAACGACUAAUGCAGAUUUAAUCUAACAGCUCGUAAAAAUAAGUUCAAAUAAAUACGUCAAAAAUCAAAGUGUCAUUCCAUCUUCUCAGAUUUUAAGUUCUGUGGAAUAUCUGGGUUGAAUUUUGAUAAUUUCACGUUUUCAGAAGUGAAAUUUUUAUAAUUUUACCCUCAAAAUGAACCUGAAAUCUCACAUUUUCAAAAAUGUUUAGAUUCUUCAUUUAAGAAGCUGCAAUUUUGACUCUUUUUCCCUCAAAAUAACAACAGAUUAUUGAAAUAGUUUGAUUAAUUUAUUAGUUGACAGCUAAUCAAUUGUUGCAGCUCUACAUUUUUGACUUCUUUAGUUAUUUAGAGCCAAAAAAGAGACAGAAAAAUAGGGAUGAAAAGGUUUAAAAGUACCAGAAUUAUCCUUUAAGGUGCAGUCAUCUUGAUCAAAUGAGAAUCCUCAGUCACGCGGAGUUUCAUCAGUAGAACUAAACAACAUCUGUUGAGCAGAAACGUCAUUCACCUGGAGGGUUAUUUGAAGUAUUUAAAGCACUGAAAUGCAUUUAUUGAUCUUUAUUUACAUUCACACCAUUACAUAUGGAGCCCAGUAAAGCAGAUUUAUUUACUCCAAAUAAACAGUUUAGGGGAAAAUGCUGCAGAUAUAACAGAAUUCAGAGAUGUUGUGACACUUUGUGAUGCAUUUAUUGACCGAUUUCCAAUGACAUCAGGUCAUUUUCUCUGGUUUUUGUAUCCAGCUGUUACUGUGUUAAGUGAAUUAUUGGAUUAGCAGGUAUGUUGAAAUCUGCCUGCUAGCUCUUCAUAGUAACUGAUGCUGCACAUAUAACUCUCUCUAGAUGAGAUUCAGUACAGAGUUUGGAGUUUAAAUCAGCUGUAAGCCCUUAAAAAUGAAUAAUAGUCAAUAAAUGCAUCACAUAGAGUCACAUCAUCACUGUGUUCCCCUAAACUACAUCAGAUGAAAGUAAAACACACUGAGAGGAAACUGAAAACUCUGACCUUUAUGUGGCUCCGUGGAUGAAUUCACAACAAUACGAUGUUCACCGUCUACGAUUCACCAACAAACCGAUGCUUAUUUAUGUAUAUAUGAAGGCAAAGGAGUGUUUUUGUUGCCAUGUUUCAUGUCUUUCAAAUAAACUUAAACCAGAAUUCAAA